UGAGAAACAAAAGGAAGUCAGCCAUUACUGCAGCUACAACCGCGGGAGUGGAUUUAAACUCGGACAAGGAAUUAUCAUUAAAACAUUCUAAGUAUCACUCUCGCAGGGUUAUAUUUCACAGCGAGAUGACGCAUGGGUCAUUUUGAACGAGGAACAUUUGAACUCAUGCAAGCGCAGAGAGACAUCCCUCCAGUCGGGAGUGUUGGGGCCCAGUGGUGGGCCUAGUGGACGAUGUACCGUGCUGGCGAGAAGGAUUACCAGACGUCGGCCCGCAGGAUGGGGACCUCCCUCCUCUUCCAGCUGUCUGUGCACGAACGGGAGCUGGACCUGGUCUUCCUGGACCACAGCUACGCCAAGCCAUGGAACGCCCAUCCGGACGCCAGCAGCGCCCGGCCCACGCGGAUGCUGUUUGUAACUCCUCGGAGGCAACCGGAAACGCCCCUGGAGUCUGACAUCUUGGUUGACGUGGAUACGGUCACGUCCACAGCAGUGCCUCUCUAUGACAACGACAAGGCGCGGACCGUGAUGAACGAGUGCGAGAGGCAUGUUCUCUUUGCCCGCACGGUCGCCGACGGACCACCACCGCCGGACGACUGGGAGGAACACAUCAACAAGACUGGGUGGUCCAUGGCCCAGAACAAACUCUUUAAUAGGGUACUGAAGGCUCUGCAGGCGGAGCGACUUGCCCGGCUGUCCAAUGAGAGUGCCUCUAACGAGCCGGUGCUGCGGCGCAUCGCGGUGGACAAGUGCGCGCGCAAGGUGCGCCACGCCCUGGCCAGCGUGAGCUGGGACACCAAGCUGACCCAGUGGCUGCACACCACCCUCAUCGAGUCCCUCAGCCUCGCCAUGCUGGCCGCCUACCUGGACGUCCUGCAGACACUCAAGAGCAAGGUGCCAUCUCUGAUAGACCGGAUGCUGAUGACGUCGUCGGUGAAGAGUGGGGCGGCGGGGGCCGAGGCUCUCUCCCUGCUGCUCAAGAGGCCAUGGGACCCGGCUGUGGGCGUGCUCUCACAGAACAAGCCAAGUAAACUUCCUGGCUCGCCGCUGAUCUUGAUUGCUCCGUCGGGCCCCACCAACCCCUCCUUCCCCACCUCGCGAAGGAUGCGCUUCUGGCAGUCCCAGCUCUCCUGCCUCGGAAAGGUGAUCCCCAUCCACACCCAUGUGGUGAGCAGUGGGGCCAACAUCGGCAUCAGCCAGUGUCUGGAACACAUGAUCGGAGCCGUCAGGGGCAAAGUCAUGGAAGUCCACAGCCAUUUCCCUCACAAACCUAUCAUCCUUGUUGGCUGGAACGUGGGUGCUCUCAUCGCCUGCCAUGUGUCACUGAUGGAGUACCUAACGGCUGUGGUGUGUCUUGGUUUCCCACUGCAGACCGUGGACGGAGCCAGAGGGGAUGUAGACGACCCUCUUCUGGACAUGAAGACGCCGGUGCUGUUCGUUGUGGGCCAGAACGCUCUGCAGUGUGGAACUGAGAACAUGGAGGAGUUCCGGGAGAAGAUCAGGGCUGACAACAGCAUGGUGGUGGUGGGAGGAGCCGACGACAACCUCAGGAUCAACUCUGCAAAGAUGAAGACUGAAGGGCUUACUCAGACCAUGGUGGACCGCUGUAUUCAGGACGAGAUUGCGGACUUCCUGACGGGCGUGUUGACGCGUGCGGACGGCCACGGGCAUGGCGCUGGCGAGAUGCGGGACAUGGACACGGAGAAGAAGAAGAAGCCGCGCCGAGAGCUGCCCUUUGACCUGGAGCGGCCGCGACCCUCCUCGCCCUCCGUACGGGUGCCCAUCUCGCCCUCCGGCUCAGAGGACAUGUCGAGUGUGUGCAGCAGUCCCACGUCCAGCCCUAAGCCCAAGACCACGGGCCUGUCCCCGGCCCAGAAGUCCAGCCUCAUCACGGCCACCCAGCUGCUCAAGACACACAUGCAGCGCACAGGGACUGUGCUCACACACAAGCAGGCACAAGCUCAGUUUGCAGCUUUUAUGAAACAAAACAUGCUUGUGAGGAAAAGCCUUCCUCCUGGCACGCCCUCCUGCCUCUUCGUUCCAGUGUCGAGUGAGCCGUCAGAGGGUCUGGACCGUGAGGACCUGCGUGUUCACCUGAAGCGGCGUCAGACUCCCAGCCCCACGCCCAGCAAGGCCUCCAAGAGGGCCAAGAUCAAAGUCACCAUUGUGUCCCACACCGGGGCCGGGGGAGAGGGGGGCGGCAAUGUCAGCUCAGCCGGUCAGGAAGGGUGCUCGUCAGUGAAGCCCCUGACUGUAACCAUGGGAGCAGCUACGGCAGCCAAGGAGCUCUCUGGACUCCUCACCGCACAAAGGGCUGGUCUGGCGGAGGUUUCCAGUGCCAGCUUUCACAACAUCCAGAGCUGCUCCACCUCACCUGCCCAGGGCACCACUCCUGCCACCAGCCAGGCUCCCUCGGCCAGUAGUCUGCUCCAGGGCCUGAGUUUCAGUCUGCAGGAGAUUGUGACCAAGUCCCCCAGCCUCCCCUCCACAGCUGCCACUGACACGCAGGUAUCGGCCGGCGUGGGUGGCAAGCCCCAGGUGCUGGCUUCCCUGGCCAGCAGCUCCUCGGCGGGCAGCAGCAGCAGCGGAGGAGGAGGCAUGGGUGGCACGCUGGUGCGCGCGGUGCCGCUCGUCUCCGGGGGCGCGGGCUCCUCGCCGUCAGGGCUGGCCAGCAGCAAGGCCACGGCCAUCCACCAGCUGCUGACCAACGGCGGCCUGGCCAAGCUGGCCUCUAGCCUGCCGGGCCUGGCCCAGGUCUCCAACCAGGCGGCCGCCGCUGGGCUGAAGGCCCCCACCACCAUCACUGUGACGCUGCGAGGGCAGCCCAGCAGAGUGGCCCCCCUGGGCCAGGCCCCUGCCCCUACCAGACCCCCAGACAACAAGUGAGGGACACGGCCGUGGCUGCACUGAAGUGUAAAGCGCCAUGGUGAAGGCCUGUGCUACAAUCAUCUCAUGGAGCCUGAUGGAAGCCAGGAGAUCACGCAAGGCAUGGACGGCUAAACGAACUCUGUGGAUGCUGCUGUCAUGAUCUAGAUCUGAAAUCCAGACCUGGGCGUUAUCCAGAAGCGAUCUACCACACAAUGAAGAAUGUGACAUGUGGUGUGAGGGCUGCUGGGUCAGGAGUGAUGCACUCAAGCAGAAUAAGUCAGUACAAGACGUUUGAUGGAGACAUCGUGUUAAGUGUUUCAAAGACAUUGUACAGAGGAAACUGCAAUGGUCGGAGACGCUGGAGUUAGUUGCACCUUUUCCCUUUCAAUGUCCAUCUCCAGACCUAGAGAUAACAAUCCUGUUGCUUUUACCUGUAUUACAAACUGUUGCCUCAUCAAGAUAACAUCUCCAAGGAUGCGAUUAGAGGAAGAUUUAUGUUAAUGCCUCUGAUAGAGAGGAGUGUAUUUUUUGUAUCAUUUGUUUGUUUUUUUUAAUGUUUUUUUCCACAAACCUGAGUAGUUUGUGAGAACAGGUAGUUGCUUAUACUGCUCAGAUUCUGUAUGGAGGUUUGGGGCAUAUUUGCUUUAGUUGACUGCAUUCAAUUAUGUGUAGGACCUCUGAUAACUGGAAGGAAAUCGCUAUUUCAUUUAGUGUAAAUUAGUACUUAAUAAAAGUGUGUAGCCUUGAAUAAAAGCUAGAAAAAUGAAGGAGAAAAGAACUCUGUUGACCUGUGCUGCGCUGUUUUGGCUUUGCACACCAAAAAAAUAUCUAAGGAGCAUAUUAGUCCUGUGACAUAUAUAAGAUCGUUGCUGAGAGAAAACACAACAUGCUAGAAUACACUAUUCAAGACCAUUCCAUGGAAUCUUUUCUUUGAGACAGAGACAGUCCUUACCUUACAACAUUCUGUUCAGCAGCUGUUGUUACUGACCAACAGCAGGUUACUAUGUUUGGACCUUUUAAAGUGCCUCUAUAAAUUGUGGGGAUUAACCUGUUACACAAUGAUUUAAUUUCCAAGUUUGUCUUUUUUUAUUGUUAUGUCCAGUCAGAUAUUUCUCAAAACCAGUUUUCUCCCUCAUAAUGCCUAGUCUAGACUACUAAUGAAUCUCCUGCUGAGCUUGAAAUAUAGAUAGAUGGAUAUCAUGGUGGUUAGACCCACCCCCUUCACCCAGCCUCAAUUUAAUUUCAUGCCCUUCAGCAAUCAAGAUCAAAGUAACUGAGUUGGCCACACUUUUCAUUGCGCUAAUGAUCUCAGUGUUAAAUUACCUUCUGCUUUAUCUUCAGGCAGUUCUCUGUGACUGAUGUAUGUUUUUGUUCUUGACAGCAGGUGCAGUCUUCAAAAGUUAGGUGAAGCUGAAAGGAAAUACAUGUAUUUGAUGAGGUCGUGACAAAUUGCUUUUUUGGUUUAAUUUUGUUUUUUUUCUGUCAUUUUCCUGUCAGUCAUUCUACAAAUCAAUUAUAUACUAAUGUUUCAGGUUUCUUUUUCAUGUUUCUAUUUGUUCUUUCCUGAAGUGGUUCUUGUGACAAAUGUAUUUCACUUUUGAAAUACCCCCCCCCCCCCAGCAUUGUGUGUUCUUCAAUACAAUGUUAAAACCUGUGUUUAGCACCAGAAAAAUAGCAAAAUGGAAAUAUUUUCAGUUAUUUCAAUUGAAUAAUAUAUUCUAUGUUGACAACUGUGUCCAAUGUAAUAGCAUAGCAUACUGUAUGUCCCACUGCUAGUGAGUGAUGCAAAUAAAACAGAAUUCACCAUUA